UUCAAGUGUACUCCUGCUGUAUGUGUGAGUGAGCAUGUUUUUGUGUUAAGCAAGGAGGGGGGGGGGGGGGGUGUUUACUCUUUCUCCAGCAACAGUAGGAAGGGUGCUGCAGCGGUGUUGGCCCGAGACAAAAGGCUAAACACAGCCGAGCCACAGGAGGGGUGAUACGAGGAUAGGAACAGCCAAAGUGGCCCAGUGGGACUGCACUUCUCAGGGAAGAAUUUAACCUGUCGUAGUUCCUUUUUUGGGUUCUGGACCGCAGACGUGACGCUCCUCAUCCACCUGUCUUCCAAGAUGUCGGACGAUGAGUGUCGUUCACCCAUCGGCCUGGACUGCUGUAGCUGCUGCCUGGACCUGGCCAACGGUUGUGACGACUCUGUGCCUCAGGGCCUUACCACGACGCCGGUGAGCCCCACCAGUCCCAGUGUCAGUCACUUCCGUCAGCUCCGCAACCAGCUGAUAUACCAAAACCUCAACACGGACAAGCUGAAUAACAUCAUGCGGCAGGACUCCCUGGAGUCAGUAGUGAGGGACCCCUGCUUCCUGUUCAAUGAGGGAAUCUGCAACAGCAACAUAGACCAGACAAUGCUGUCUAUCUUGCUCUUCUUUCACAGUGCCUCUGGUGCUAGCGUGGUGGCCAUUGACAACAAGAUCGAGCAGGCAAUGGACCUGGUCAAGAACCACCUCAUGUAUGCUGUGCGAGAGGAAGUGGAGAUCCUCAAAGAGCAGAUCAAGGAGCUGGCAGAAAAGAACAACCAGCUGGAGAGGGAAAACUAUCUGCUGAAGAACCUGGCCAGUCCGGAGCAGCUGGAGAAGUUCCAGUCUCGAAUCCCCACAGAUGUUUUGCUCCCAUUGGACAAUCAGAGCGUCCAGGCGAUGUCCGAGCAGCAGACCUGCAGCCGCAACACCGGCUCUGCUGUGUAAGUGGCUCUGCCUUGGGGCGGGCAGAGCCACUGUCCUUAUUCAGCAAUGGACCUCCAUGUUUUUUUGCGCUACACAACUGCUGCCUCUGAAAGACCAUGAUGGCAAUGAGGGUGUGGCAUUGUGGCUGCAAAUGUCCGAUUGGACAAACACUUGACUCUGAUAAGCACAAAAUUCCAGUCCGGCGCUGUGCCAGUACUGUCCUCUGAUCCCGUCCAAAUCUGCGUUGUGGUCUCGUCCACAAUGAGCGCCGAGAAUCAAGAGAAGGCUGGCCCACUGGACACCACUGAGCGCUUGCUUCCUGAGGGAGGGUUGUCAUCGAAUGUCCUUUUGCUCCUGACUGGGCUGGUCCUGCCGGUGCUAACUUGGAACGUGUGAGCCCGCAAGUUAGGCUAAUUCCCGUCGGCCCACGUAAGAUAUUUACCUGGGUGUUGACGAACAUUACCCCCCCCCACCACCACCCCCCCAGUUUGUUCUACGUUCGUGAGUUCAAUGAUCAUAUGAACAUUUCAAGGAUUCCCAGCGCCAGAUUAACAAGGAUUUAUUCUCCGUGCAGUAGGCUUCAUUCACACUGCAGGGAUGCCCAAAUAAGAUUUUUUUUCUUUUUUUUUUGGGGGGGGGUGGUGAAAUCCAAUCUUUUAAGAUAGCCUUUCACAUUACAAUAACAAAUGACUUGUAUUGCGGAUGUAAUUUGUCCAUAAAGUGACAUGCACGUGUGCAAAACAGAAUGGAAGUGUCUUGAUGCAUUUCUGGAACAAUAUUGAUGGAAAGGGGUGGCAAUUAAUUUGCACUUUGUGUAAAGUAUUUAAAAACAAACAUUUAAAACCAAAGUACAGAAAAAUAAGAAGUUUUAAAAUAUUCAAAAACAAUCUUUACGAAAGAGGCUUGGGUUGUAUUUGGGAGAGGAGGGGGUGGCUAAAUUGUACUUAUACAUGUUACACUGGGGCAAAACAAAUUGGAAUUUACCUACAGUGUGAACAUAUCCUGAUGUGUUGACAGAGAUUUAAAAAAAUAAUCAACAGGAUGAGCAUAGGUCAUGUUUAGAGUAAUAUCGAGCUGGCUGGCUGACUGAUUCAUACUGUACUGAUUCAAAAUCUGUUUUGUUGUAUUGUCUGCAACUGAGGCUUGCUGCUGUUGUGUGGAAUUCAUCCUGCCAUUUUCCUUUUUUUUUUUUUUUGUUUGUUGUUUGGGUUUAGACAAAAUCAGUUUUGUGAAAUAAAUGCUCUUCAGAGAUUGUUUUCCCAACACUGAACGCACACAGAACAUCUUCCUAGGAUAAAACCGUAAGCAUUGGAUGUUAUUUCAGAUAUUUUGAAUCUGCAUCUGCCAUUUUGUUACCCUGAUGCCAAUUAAAAAAAAAUAAUAAAAAAAAAAA